GUCGAGGCGAAAAGAAGGAACCACAGCGGACAGUCGGUCAGGAAGGCACACACUGGUUCCGCUGGUUCGAUCGCCACAAAGUUCAUGAAGUUGGAUUAUAUUUUUUUAAAGAAAGAGAACAUAGCCUCUACUCGAUUUUAUAGAGCAAUCACGGAAUUAUUUGGAUAUUUAGCUUGUGAUGUUCUGGAGACGAUUAUUGGACGAUGUUUUCGCUGCUUUUGGGAGGUUUUCCAUGGUUUAAAUGCACGAGAAACUGUUAUUCGUUGUUUUGUACCGGAUAUAGUGUGGGUUGGGGCAGAGAUGCGUAAUGCGCAGAGCAAGCUCCAUCUUCUCUCCAAAUAGGCAGCGUUCAAGACCCGAAAAUGUCUAAAUCGGAGGUGAAGAAGGAGUCCGGUGAGUUCAGUCCGUCGGAGGCCGCCUGCCGCUGCUCUCCUCCGGCGGCCAAGAACCAGUGCGCCAGUUGCGAGAUGGAGAUCCAUGACCGAUACCUACUGAAGGUCAACAACCUGAAUUGGCACCUGGGGUGUUUGGAGUGUUCAGUGUGCAGAGCGUCGCUGCGCCAACACAACAGCUGCUACGUGAAAAACAAAGAAAUCUACUGCAAACUGGAUUAUUUCAGUAGGUUCGGCACUAAGUGCGCCCAGUGUGGCCGGCAGGUGUACGCCAGUGACUGGGUUCGGCGGGCACGGGGCAGCGUGUACCACCUGGCCUGUUUCGCCUGCUUCUCCUGCAAGAGGCAGCUGUCCACCGGGGAGGAGUUCGGCCUGGUGGAGGGAAGGGUCCUCUGCCGCAGCCACUACAACAUCAUGCUCGACAACCUCCGCAGGGCUGCAGAAAAUGGCACAGGACUGACUCUGGAAGGAGCAUUGCCCUCUGAUCAGGACUGCCAACCAAAACCAGCUAAGAGGGCGCGGACAUCGUUUACUGCUGAGCAGCUGCAGGUGAUGCAGUCUCAGUUUGCUCAGGACAACAACCCUGAUGCUCAGACUCUACAGAAACUGGCAGAAAUGACGGGUCUGAGCAGACGAGUCAUACAGGUUUGGUUUCAGAACUGCCGUGCAAGACACAAAAAGCAGCCCCCUCAGUGUGGCUACUCUCAGGGCACUCCAAUGUCCAGGAUGCCUCCAUCGCUGCCAGACGAUGUCCACUAUUCACAGUUCAGCAGCCCGGACCGACCACAUCUAUACGCCCUGCAUGGAUACCUGGACACUCAUCCCUUCUCCGUCCUUGCAGCCCCGGGCCACUUGGCCCACCCGUCCAUCCCUUUACCACAGCUUCCCAUCAGCCGCUGACCUCCUGCGUCUCCUUUUUCGCAUCGUAACCACUCUGGUGUAGUGAAAAAAAAUCCUGUGGGACGUAUUGUCAGUAAUCGGCUCUGUUUGGGAGUCUAAUCGCCCAGGGCAUGCA